CGCUCGCGUGUACCACUCAUUUGCAGCGUUUGCCGGCUGCGGAGAGUGCCAUAGUCGGGCUGUGCGAGCUGGAGCCGUGACUUUUCGCGAUGGGUGCUCACGUCUCGCGGACCGACUUCGAAUGGGUUUACAGCGACGAGCCGCAUGCCACGCGUCGGAAGGUGAUUCUCAAAAAGUAUCCCCAGAUCAAGGAGCUGAUGGUGACAGACCCAUGGUUCAAGUGGCAGAUUGUGGGCAUGGUGACGAUCCAGCUGAUCAUGUUUUGGCUACUGCGUGAUGCGUCAUGGCUCACGAUCAUUGUCCUGGCCUACUGCUUUGGCGGUGUGAUCAACCAUGCGCUCAUGCUGGGCAUUCACGAGAUUGCGCACAACCAGGCGUUUGGGCAGGGCCGGUCGCUGCCCAACCGGCUAUUUGGCAUGUUCACCAACCUGCCUGUUGGGGUACCAGCGUCGAUCUCUUUCCGGAAAUACCACUUGGAGCACCACCGGUACCAGGGCAUAGAUACUAUCGACGCAGACCUCCCCACUGAGCUGGAGGCAAAGCUGUUCUGCCACACCGGCACGAAACUGCUCUGGGUGAUCCUGCAGCCGCUUUUCUAUGCACUGAGGCCCGUGUUUGUCUUUCCCAAACCCGUCACCGGGCUCGAGGUGCUCAACACUGUCAUCCAACUCUCCUUUGACUGGCUUGUCUACCAUUACUGCGGAGGCAAAGUGCUGUUCUACAUGGUUGGCGGGUCCCUGCUGGCCAUGGGCCUACACCCCGUGGCUGGCCAUUUUGUCUCCGAGCACUACAUGUUCAAGAAGGGCUUUGAGACUUACUCCUAUUAUGGAUGUCUCAACUGGCUCACCUUUAAUGUGGGCUACCACAUGGAGCACCACGACUUCCCUGCCGUGCCAGGCUCCAAACUGCCCCUGGUCAAGAAGAUUGCUGGGGAGUUCUACGAUGACCUGCCCCAGCACAACUCGUGGGUCAAGGUCCUCUACGACUUCAUCAUGGAUCCUGACAUUGGGCCGUAUGCCCGCAUCAAGCGAAAGGGGGCAGCCAUGCCCGUGCUUGACGGGUCCGGGGACGUGAUUAAGCCUAUCUCCGAUGUCACGUUCGCCGACAUGAAUGGCUCCAAUGGAGUCAAAAAGGGAGAGUGAGGUCAUCAGAAAGGGGGGUAAAGGAAAGGGGGGGUAGAUGGGAAGGGAAGGGUGGGACGGAGAGGCAUUUGUACACAGGGGUUGGGAGAGUGUAGGUUUAAUGCUUGUGACGCACAUGAUGAAAAGGGGAUGAACUGAGAAGUAGUGCUGGAAAGGGGAGGAGAAGGUAAGGCUUUUUGCUGGGCAAAAGAUGCUGGAUCCUGCGACACACGUGAGGUGCAAGAGUAUCAGUAAACAUCAGUGUGCUGUAUCGUAGAGGAUCGGCAAGGAAAUGUUGGAGAAGGCUUGAGGUUGAUGGGUUAUAAUAUUGGGCGGAAAGCACAUGUCUGUGGGGGACUGCCCUGGUUUGGCAAGCUCAUGGGAGAGGGUUGCGUGUGUUGAAUUGUGUGGUGUGGUUUUGCAGUGUGGAAGGCUUGAAGUGAAAGGCGUGUAGUGACCGAGUCAGGUAGUGCUGUUGCAAGAGGCUGUUGUGGAAGAGAUGAAAGUUUGCGGGAGCAGCGAUGCCUUCAACAAAGUCAACUAGCUUGUGUGACCAAGUGCAUCGUUAGAGGGCAUUAUUAGAUGCUGCCACGAAGCCUUCCUGCGACGGGCAUUGCUGCAAAGCUUCACAGCUGGCGACUUGUGGUGGCAGAGGGACUGUGCGUGACUCUGCUACGUCUGCAACAGCCGAAGUGUGAGGAACGAGUGCUUUGAACCAUCGUGUGAAGACAAGCCUUCAUGAAUGACAAAGGAUAGACAGUGUGGCAGUGUGGAAACAGUGUGGAUCAAAGUGCAAGAGAUCGGGACUGUGGUUUGUGAAGCAGCAAUUGUGUGGGAUGUACAUGUCUUUCAAAGGUGGUGUAAUAUGUGGAUUGCACAGCAGUGUUUUCUUUUUUUUUUUGUUGUUGUUGUUGAAAAGGUGAGAAGAAUGUCCUGGUGAUGUGCUCACAUUGAGCUUUGUGUAAAGUUUUUAUAAAAAGGGGGCGGGCUUUGGCGUUCCAUGGCAGGGUGGCCAGUCAACUGUCGUAGAACUAAAAAGUGGCAUAACUUGUAAUUAUGACUCACUGUGCCGGAAGUCUGUCAUUGUCCUUUGGCACCUUGACCAUAGAUUAGUCCAUUGUAUUUUCCUGUGUUUUAGUACAUGUCAUAGCUUUGUGUCAUGCUAUUUCAGGCCGUCAAAGGAUUUCUUACAGCAUCAAAUGUUUACAGAGAGUUUCUCCAUUUAUGUCUGAAAGUGCUGCAACAGGCAGCCAAUGAUGAAAGCAUGACAUAGAAUGAAAGAAAACAAAAGACAAGGGUGAAGCAGUUUCACUGGUAGACCCACAAAAUCUUGCCAUAUAACCAAUGCCGCUGCCCUUCAGGUCAACAAUGCUCGAAAGCAACUAAUUGUUUAAGCUGGUGUAAACUUGCUAUGCUGUUGGCUGUUGCUUUGUCAAAAACUCUUACGUUUUCUCACUUUUAAAAAAAAAUGGCAUUUACUGCGAUGAUCAGACCCAGAUGCAGGGACACAGUUCAAAACAGCCGCGUCUGUUUUGGCCGCCACCAGUAAGAACAGAGGCUGCGCGAAACUCUCUUGACAGUAAAAGCGUAGUUGGCAUGCCUCUGAGGGAUGUCGAGACAGCUGAAGAAAUUGCCGAAAAUAGGCAUAAGUAUGCAACUGCUUAACAUGUAAGGGUGCACCUGAAUAGCCGAGCAGGAAGUCUGCUAAAGCUCAUUGUACAGUGCAAUUCCUUCGCAUGUUAAAGCGGAGAAGCAGCAAGCUUUCUAAAAAUUUGGGGUGUUUUAUUUACCCUGGUUCCAUUUUUCAGCUUGGCAGUAGUUAGUCGGAAUAAGAUCUGUCUCAAUGCAGUUCUUUGCGGGCAAUCCUGGAAGUUUGAAGCAAGUCACAAAGGCUUCCCUAUUUUUUUAUUAAAACUUUCUUUUUCUAGUGCGGUGCUACAGUCAAAAUUAGCUUCUGUUGUUAAUGCUUUUAUGUGUGUUUGUGUGAAACCAAUGUGGUCAUGCUAGGGAAGAGAGCCUGUGUUCAUAGUCUGCCAGCAUUUAAAGCACAGUGCUUGAUCUAACUUAUAGCACCAUUUUUGGUGCGCUUGUGGACUGUACAGUGAACUGGGCGAGUUGGAAGUUUUAACAUUGUAGGAUACAAGCACUGCAAAAAGGAACAGUAGACAAAAGGAAAACACGAGCGCCAUACUCGCAACUAAGGGUUUUAUUACACUGACGAGAGGUACGUGGUGCUUGCAAGAUAUGCAAGAAGCAUGAGCAAAUCAUGCCACACGUAUAUUUUACUUGUUUGUCGUGCAGUGCAAUAAGACGUCUGGCCAAACAACAGUGCUUGUGUUGUCGGACUCCUCCUUUCGUCCACUGUUCCUUUUUCUCCAUUUGUUAUGAACGCCGCUUGUAGACGACUUUUCCUUUCUGCGAUGCGGCAGAUACUUAUUAAGAGACUUUUCAAUCCUGUU